AUGUCAGAAAGGCCCUUUUGGGCAAAGUUUCAACUAAUUUUGUUUCCAAUUGUAGCCUUUGAAAGCCUUUCAGACUUAAUAAGGGACAGGCUGCAAGAAUCUGUAGGUCAAGGUUCCUUGGAAAACCACUUAAUGCUUCUAGAAGCUUUGAUCAAGCACUGGAAAGGAGAGGUUUUAUCUGUUGCUGUCACAAGGAUAGCACAAAAUUGUAAGUCAUUUUGGAUACUAUUUUGGUUGUUAAACAUUCACACCAAAAAUUCAAUGGAGAAGUAUCUGUCUUGUGCAGAACAUAAAAACAAGGUUUUUUUCUGUUUUAAAUCUACCAGUAUAUUUUCUUUAAGGUGGCUUAAAAAUUGUGUAUGACGAUAAUUACUAAUAACUGGUGAAUUAAUUGAGUUAUUAUGAUUAGAACUUGUUUUUUAAAAAAUUAUUUAUUCAAUUUUAUAAUAAUAACAUCGUUAAUAUUUUUUCAGUACCUGCAAAGGAUGUCUAUAAACUUGCUGCACUUAUUUUUGACACCCAGAAAUCAGGUAAGAGACUUAUAAAAUUAAUACAAAAUUAAUUUUUACUUCCCCAUGCAGUUUCACAUGUAUUAUAAAAAAAUGUUAUAAUCCUGCUAAUUGGCUUUCAGUUUUGAAAUGACAUGUACAGUUUUGAAAUAACAUGUACAUUACCCUAUUAAUGCUAAAAUCAGUGCUGCUGGUAGGUAAUAAAAUUAGAGAAUUUCGUUACAAAUAUAAUUACGGUAAAUGAUCGAUUAAGCGGCGCGGCUCUUAUUUCAUUUUCCCUGUUAUAAGUAUGGUGCCUAUACAAGAGCUGCGCUUUUUCCAACUACAGACAAAACACUAGAGAAUUAAGUGAGGUGCGCUCUGCACAAUUUAAUGUGAAAUAUGUGCACCUUGAACUGUUACAUGAACCCGUUUUCAGGUGUUUCCAACUUUAGAACUCAUGAGUUGGUUGAGGUCUUAUUUCUUAAGUGAUAUGGUUUUGAUAUCUCUUUAUAUCAAGCUCCAUAACAAAGGUGGGGCGUAGUCUCAACUAAAAAGUUUUCCUUACCUUUGCAGUUGGAAAAGCUGCAGUUGAAUUGUCUGCACCAUUAUUUAGAUUUGCAGCAAUGGCUGGUGAUACAGAUGGAAUGUACAGCUAUGGCAAACUGCUGGAAUCAGGUCAAGUACAUGUAUAUGAGUUGGUGGGGAAUUGGUUAAAAUAUCUGGGUGUAGUCAAAGGACAUGGUGAAGAGUCCAAGCCACAAUCAUUACUCAUUCAACUCAAUCUUAACAGGGCACUUACCACAACUAUUAACCAGGACUAUUCAGCAAGAUCAGUCUAUUAAUAGUGUGCACAGAAGUAAUGGGUUUUAUUAAAAUAUUGAGAGAAGACUAAUAUAGUAAAAACCAGUGACCAAGAACCAGGGCCCAGUUGUUCAAAGGGUGGAUAACGCUAUCCAGUGGAUAAAUCUCUAUCCAAAGGAUAGUGCAAUCGGUUUUCCUAAUACUUAUUCGUGGGAUAGUGAUUUAUCUGAUGGAUAGCGCUAUCCAACGUUUGAACAACUGGGGCCUGGGUUUUAAGAACCUGUCAGGCUAAAAUUUGCCAGUCAGGCCUCCUCUUUAUAAGAACCUUUUUAGCCUAAAAUUUAAAACAGGUUUUUAUUCUCUACGAUCUAUUCAAACAAUUCUGAACAAUUGGGCAAAUAAGUCAACAUUCAGGAUCCUCUUUGGAGACAGGUGCCUUGUCACUCCAACUGCAAUGUAAUGUAAUUAAUGUAAUUAUAUAAGGAAUAAGCUGAAUAUCACUAAAUGCUCUUAGCUACAAUGUAUUUUUUUUCAGAAAUCUAAAUAGCCUAAAUCUGUACUGUAAGUGCCAUCCCAGUAAGAACCUAAGAACCUACACUGUACAUGUAUUUUGGCUAAUUUGGGAAAAUCCAGGUUGUUAGUUGCAGGUUUUUACUGUAUUUCAAUUUCAAAAUGACCAGUAUAGUGAGGCAGUUCUGACGUUUGGAAAGCACCUUUAACUUCAUAGAUAAACCCUAGUCAAACGUGACUCAAUUAACUUUACAUUAGGACUGAGCUAUUUUUGACGGAGAGACCUUUCUUUUAGGAAGAGCCAUGAGCGAGGUUUGUGAUACACCAAUCACUAAAAACCACGGUGAUACAAAUAGUUCUACUCAGUAAAUCGACACUAUCACCUGAUGAAGAUCUGCAGUGUGCGGUCGAAAUGUCAUGAUCGAUAUCAAAGUGAAAAUAUUGUAGACAAACGAUAAAACUAAACCCUUUAUAGUGAUGUAAAGUUAGUUGAUCACUUCUUGCAUGAUAACAAAAUUGGUAAUUCCUGGCUGUAUGAAAGAAACAAUGCGUUAUUGUGUCAAAACAAACAGUUUAUGUUUACUUAUUUAAGGAAUUCACAUAACCAGUACAUUCUUUUUAACCUGAUUAUUAAUUUUCACCCCUGCAGGGGAGGGUGGAGUGGAAGCAGACCCACUCGAAGCUGCAAAAAUGUUCUCAGAGCUGUCAGAAUGGGGGCACCCAUUUGCCCAGGUAAAGGACAAAAUUAACUUGUCAGAAUCUAGCAUACAGGUAUCAUGUCAUUACUAACAACAUGGUUUGAAAGUGUUUUAUUUAAGUGUUAGAUGGAAGUGUAUUUAGCAUGAUGUGCCACUACUGAAAACAGUUUUUACAUGCCCUGCUGUGAAGGAGACCACCAUUUUGUCAAAUACAUGGUCAUAAAAAAGCCAACUUCAGGAAGCUAAGGACUGUCCAUUUGCAGGGCAAAGGCCGUAUCAUAUUCUUCUGUGAUUUUAAGACCUUUGUUGUUGGUUUAGCCAUUGGAAUUGUACAACCUCCAGCUCUGCUGCCAUCCCUACAACAGUUUAGACUCUUGCCAACAUUUUCACUUUUCUUUCAGUUUUCCCUCGCACAAUUAUAUCACAAUGGUAUUGGAAUGACAAAGGACUUGAAGGUGGCACUAGGCUUAUAUGAGGUAUAUUCCAAGAAGAGUUCUAAUUUACUAAAAUUUACUUGAGUGUCUACUUGGGUGUCUAGAAAUGAGCUAAGUGCCUUAUAGCCCUAUAAUUUUACAGUUCAAGCUACAGGGCAAGUGUUAAUUUACUACCCAGUGUAUUCAGUUAAAAGCAGCUGCCCUGAAUUGGCUCAUACAGUGAUGAUUUAACAAGGGUUUGUUUUAUAAUAUCAUUGAAGCAAAAGGCUUAUUAUCAAUAUAUUUGAAGAAUAUCGUAAUAGAUUUUGCUCAAAAUAAACUACUGGUACUUUAAGACGAAUUUUGAGUGCAUGACUAUAGGGCUUUGGUCUCGAAAAAACUUUGGUAUUUUAGAUGCCAGUAGGUUGUUUUCUUAUGGAAGGUGGUUGCUUCAUAGAGGUUGUCGCAUAUGGAGGCUUGUAGUCAGAUUUAGUAAAUUAAAGAAGAAAUGCAUGUCAAAACAUAUUAACCAUGUAGUUUUUUUUUUCAGGUCAGUGCAGAGAAUGGUGUUAGUGAAGCNAAAUGAGCUAAGUGCCUUAUAGCCCUAUAAUUUUACAGUUCAAGCUACAGGGCAAGUGUUAAUUUACUACCCAGUGUAUUCAGUUAAAAGCAGCUGCCCUGAAUUGGCUCAUACAGUGAUGAUUUAACAAGGGUUUGUUUUAUAAUAUCAUUGAAGCAAAAGGCUUAUUAUCAAUAUAUUUGAAGAAUAUCGUAAUAGAUUUUGCUCAAAAUAAACUACUGGUACUUUAAGACGAAUUUUGAGUGCAUGACUAUAGGGCUUUGGUCUCGAAAAAACUUUGGUAUUUUAGAUGCCAGUAGGUUGUUUUCUUAUGGAAGGUGGUUGCUUCAUAGAGGUUGUCGCAUAUGGAGGCUUGUAGUCAGAUUUAGUAAAUUAAAGAAGAAAUGCAUGUCAAAACAUAUUAACCAUGUAGUUUUUUUUUUCAGGUCAGUGCAGAGAAUGGUGUUAGUGAAGCUAAUACAAUGAUUGGUAGGUAAGGAAACUAUGGUAAGAUAAGUCACCACACCUAUAAGAGUUGCUCUUUCUUUUCAAUUUUAGGAUUUAACUUGUUCCUUAACCCUUUCAAUCCUAAUAGUGGCCAAAGAAAAGAUUCACAAAAAAUUUAAAUUUCUUUUUAUAAAAGCCAAGUAGAUAAUUAACAAUUAAUGAAUGAGGCUUUCGUAUCUUAUGAAGAAUUAUGGAGGUCGAGGAGGAUGUUCUCCAUCGAGGCCGUAGGCUGAGGCGGAUAACACCCUCCAAGAUCUCCAUAAUUCUUCAUAUGAUACGAAAGCCGAAUUCAAUAAUUGUUUUAUUAUCCAUUCAAAAUAAUUCCUAGUUUAAAAACGUGGCUAAAACAUGCUUCCCUCCAUCAAUCCAUCGAUGUAAAGUUCAUCUUCAAUAGUGCACGUUUAGGUUUGUCCAGCUCCGCAAAUAUUCUCCAAAUAGCAUAUGUUGCCCUUCAAGUUGUCUUCUUGCUGUUCUUGCCAUGUUUUCAGCUAUUGUUUCACCUAGUUCUUGCUCUUGAAACGAGUGAAAUGUGCGCCAUUUUUCAAGUUCACAACCAAAACAACUCAACCUUGUCCCCAGGUCUUCUUGGUUAACGGUGCCUUAACCUGUGAAAAAAGCUGCAUUUUUGAUGUCAUUUCCUUGUUAAACACAAAAUUCUUUCAAAUUUGGUCAUCAGUAACUGGUUAUGGUGGAUUAAACGUGUACUUUUAGCCAAUCAGAAUCAGGAAAAUAUUUUGAUUGAAUAAUAAAUAGUAUAAUAAAUUAACUAACAUAUAUAGUAUGUGCAUUCUGAUUGGUUAAAAACUUAUGGUUUAUUGUGCCAUUAAACUCAUAGAAAACUUAAAGUUAUUUUAUAAAAGAAAUAGACCACACUUUCUAUGGCUUUACCGGCAUGACAACCCACUUGGGAUGUUGGGAGAACACUCGAAAAGCUUGUUAAUCACUCCCCUUUGGCUCAUGAUUUACCCGCGUGGGUUACCACGCCGGUAAACCUAUAGAAAGUGUGGUCUAUUGCUUAACUAUGCAAAAGUGUAGCCAAAUAGGUUUCAUUUUAAUGGCAACAUCUUAGGUUUUCAUCCACAAAUUUAAAAGUUAGAGUGACAAAUAAUCUGGUCAAAACGUGGUACAGAAGUGAAAGGGCUACAUACAUACAGCAGAAAAUAAUGCCCCAAACAAGUAACAGAAGAACAGUGAAAUCAAUUUGCAGACUGUGAGAAGGCUCUCUUGUAUUAUGUGGGGAGUCAAGAGUGCUUGCUUGUAGGCCAGUCACACAGCUCUAAAGUUAAGUACUAGUUAAGACUCUAAUAUUUAGGUUUUUCAUGUUGAUAUCAACUUUUCUAUCACUUUGGUUACUGCCUAUUAAUGUGUAAUGUGAAAAAUUAGUGUGCUCGAUAUUAAAUAAUUUGACUGUGAAAAUUUUGGUGUUUUGGAUUGUUAGUCACCUAUUAGAGGUUACCACUUACAUGGACGUUGAACUUAAGCUGGUUUUUGGGAAGUAAGCCUGCCUGCCACCCAAAAAAUAAAUUCAUCAUUGACAGUUAAAAUAAGUGAAAUUUGCUGUAACUAAAAUUAGUUGUAACCUAUCAAUAGACUUCUUCUAGACAUAAGAAAAUUAGGUUUAGUAGUAGGACGCAUUAGGUGAAGUCACAUCCUUGUUUCCUGUUGUUUUUAAAGGGAAUAUGUACACCACUGGUGAAGCAGGAAAAGUGGAUCUUUCAAAGGCAGCUGAGUACUUCACAAAAGCUGCUGAGAAAGGUGCAGUACAUGUUUUGUUAUGAUAUGUGAACUGCCGCUUAUCGCUCAUAAGCCGUGGGCUUAUGUGUCGUUGUAAGAGGUUUUAGGAGGGCUUAUAUCUGGAGGGGCUUGUAUUUGAGAGGCCGGUCACUGGAAUUAAAAAAAAGUGCUUCAAAACAAGCUGUAGCAGUGUAGAUCAAAUACAUUCUCCAUUUAUUGGUUUUUGAUUCAUUUCAAGGAUCAAUUUAGCUUUCUGAGAAACUGCCCACGUACCCCUCCCCUAAGCCAUCAUUUUGCCUUAAGAGAGAAGUAAGUGUUAAUGUUAGCUUAGGGGAAGGGUUGGUGGGCAUUUUCCCCAGAAACCUAAAUUGAUCCCAUUUCAAUACAAGCUAGAGGAUCCUAGAGGGGGGUUAUAUCCUGGGGGGCUUACAAUCAGAUGUAUUUUUUUGUUUACAGGUAAAUGGGCCUAUAACCAAGGGGGGUGCUUGUAAGUGAUAGUUUAUGGUAUCUGUUUGUUAAAUCUCUUGAGAUAGGUGACUCAACACCUUAAAGUUUAGAAUUCUAAAAAAGGCAGGCCCUGCAAACCUAAAAAAGUCAGAGAAGCUGAAGGCCUCUCAAAUUAAAAGCCCUGGGACUUCAUUUUGAAAUUUUACGUUUGUUAGUACUGACUUGACUCUUGCUGAACUUUCACUUGAUGUGAUUUUGUUUUUCAGUAUACUGCUAGAUGGGGUUUGAUAUUUAACUUGUAUCACUUUUAAAAAUGGUAGCGUUCAUUAUCACGGAAUAAAACCGAUUAGUCCAUCCUGCAAAGUCUAGAAUUAUUUUUUCCUUACUCCUCAAAUGGUGCUGUUUGCUGCAUACUCCUUCGCAUACUCAGGUACAACUGCAAUGCUAAGACAAUCACCACAACUUAUCCAGCUCAUCACCGACGAUUUGUUUUUCCGAAUUACUUUUUCUUUAUUAAUCGCUUCCAAAACAAAUCGGAUGAAUAGAUCAUAGCAUGUAAACCAGCCUUUAUUCAUCCUGAAUGUAUAAGUGUUUUGCACCAGUUUAUUUUCUAGCAUGCUUUCUGUUUGAAGAUCAUCGAACAGACUGGAAACUCUUCAGAUUUGCAAUACGUAUAGUUUUCCACUUUUUCUGGCCACUCAUUAUUGUACUGACUCUUUUAACUCUUUUUUUUUUUGCCUUACUGGUCUUCCAGGUGACAUUUCAGCUCUGAUGUCUCUAGGUGCUUUUUACAGUCGAGGUACAGGAGUUAAACAGGAUUAUGAAAAAUCCUUCAAGUGUUACAAAGCAGCAGCAGACCAAGGUAUUACAUAA